ACCUGUGCAAGACUGAGGAGGAGGAGCUGGUACACCUGUGCAAGACUGAAGGGGAGGAGCCGGUACACCUGUGCAAGACUGAAGGGGAGGAGCCGAUACACCUGUGCAAGACUGAAAAGGAGGAGCUGGUACACCUGUGCAAGACUGAAGGGGAGGAGCCGGAGGAGGAGCUGGUACACCUGUGCAAGACUGAAAGGGAGGAGGAUGGUACACCUGUGCAAGACUGAAGGGGAGGAGCCGGUACACCUGUGCAAGACUGAGGAGGAGGAG